GCACGCACUAGUAACAUGGCUGCCAACAGAGGUCCUGUGCAACCUCUGGAGCUGAGUGAUGAAGAGCGYGAAGUAUUACGAGAAUGCCGUGUGAAUAGCGUAUACUUUAGAGGUAAGAGUUUUCAGCAUGUGAAGAGAUUUUCCAGUUUUUAUUAUCCAGGUAUUUUUGCUUUUGGGUUUCUAUCUGGUAUUGCAUCGUACCGUAAAACAUGUAUGGAAAAAAUCAUGCGCUUGGAAAACUCUCAGCUUGCAGAUCAAGUGCGAUCAUUUUAUAAAAAAGCUGGAAUGACUGAACAGAUGACCGAUCGAAAUAUUACUGAAGAUUUCGAAAGUCAAUCAGGUUUUGGUGAUGAAACGCAAGGCUAUCCCAGUAGAAAUGAAGGGAAUAUUGGUAAAUCAUUUGAGAUGUCCAGUCUGCCUGAAAUAGAAGAUGACAACACCAAACAGUCCGAUAGAUACACUAGUUAUGAAGAACUUAGAAGAUUUAAUCGWAAUCAAUGGAUGCAGGUUUCACCACGACAGCCUGUCAAUGCACAACAGCCUCAGAAUAUGAAAGAAGAACGUCCAGCUCUCCAAGAUGCCGAUGAUUACCAUUCUUCAGUGGAUACCUAUCAGUCUGAUAUUUCAUCAUCAGUGUGGUCGGAAGGAAGUACAAGCGAGCAAGAUAACAACAUCCAUAAAAGACAGCGUGCAACUAGACCAGGUCCAGCACCGAUGAAAAACGCUUAUGGUGAUGUCUUGGAGAAAUAGGAGAAUUAAGGACUAYACAGAAGCAAAACGAAGAAAUAUUUUGGGAGGACAAGACCGAGUGCUAGAAAUACAGUGGAUAUUAACUGCAUGGGCAUUUGUUCAACGCUUUCUUCCCCAAGGACAUCGCCUCCAAUCGUGUUCUUGGAAGAAAUACUUGUUAAAUCUGAUUUAACGUUUAUAUGCUUUUGUUUUUCACCUCUUAGCGUUCGCGCUAACUGACUGAAAAUCAGACAAUAGAGAACGCAGUUUGAAGCAAUGUCCAUCGGCACACGGUCGUAGCCCGUCUGAAAAUCAGACUAUCUUCCUCACAAGACGAUUAUCUUCUAGUUCUUCCUUUCACAGACGAUUAUUACGUCUGCUAAAUGUUAAAAAUAGUUGUCUCUGACUUGUUUUUAUUUAGGAUCUUAUAAUUAAUGAUUGUAUUGUAAAUUUUUGAAAUAUCACUACGUCUGUUUCAACUACAAACCUGUGGACUGACGUCCAUUAUAUAUUCAUAUUAUAAAUCUUUUCAAUUUAA